AUGUAGCAGAGAAAUUAGCUAGUUUCAAAUAACUUAGAUUUACGUAAUUCUUUCUUUUCACCUGAAACAAAUCUGUGGACUACCAAUAUAAACUUUGCUUCUUAAUAAAAUGCUUUGAUUGUUGUUAAAUAUUUAGAAAAAGUUAAAGAAAAAAAUUUAUAUAUUGGAGCAUAAUACAUAAAAUACUCAAGACAUGUAAAUAAAAUGUUUAAUUUAGAAAUAUAUCUCCUUUAUAGAGGCAUUUUUGACUAUUUUACGAAAUUCAAACGAUGAAAUAGUGGGAUUUAGAUUAGAGAAAAAUGGUAAUAAAAUUGAGUUUUUCGGAUAAAUAAAAGGUUGGCUUGCUAUCCUUAUGAAAGAAUGUAUUAGUUUAGACUUUGUUUCCAAUUUUCAGAUAGUGAAAUUGCUAGGAAGUGGAUCAGCAGCUAAUGUAUACUAAAUUGUUUAAAGUUAGGUUUAUAAAGUGAAUUCAAAGAUCGAUAAUCAAGACUAUGCUAUAAAAGUCUUUGAUAAAUCCUUAUCUUAUAAAGACUCAACCAUCUAAUAAUCAAUAAAAAUGGAAAUAAAGAUUUUAAGAUAAUUAAAUCAUCCAAAUAUCAUAUAAUAUAAAGGUGUUUUUGAAUCAAACGCUUAGAUUAUCUUAGUGUAAGAACUUUUAGAAGGGGGAGAUCUAAAAAAUAUACUUGGAGAUGAAAUAGUAAACGAAGGAGCUGCUAAAUAAAUAUUAAGAUCAAUUCUAAAAGGAUUAAGUUAUAUGCAUAAUAAAGGUAUAUUUCAUAGGGAUAUAAAAAAAUGUAAUUUAAUGUUAAGAACACAAGAUAAUUUUAAUUCUCUUUGUAUAAUUGAUUUCGGAUUAGCUGAAAAAGCAAAUGAUGAUAAUAAUUAUUUAUUUAAAUAUUGCGGAACUCCAGGUUGUGUAGCACCAGAGAUUUUGAGAAAACAAAAAUAUGGAUUAAAAGUUGAUAUAUAUAGUGUUGGAAUAUUGGGUUAUUAAAUCUUAUUUGGAAAAGACCCAUAUUAAUCAGCUUCAGCUAAGGAAACUAUUUUGAAAAACUUUUUAGGGCAUAUUGAUUUUUUAAAUAUACCUUAGAUUUCAAACAAUGGAUUAUGUUUUAUAAAAUCGCUAUUAUAAGAUGAUCCAAUUAAUAGAUUAUCUGCAAAAUAAGCAUUAAAACACCCUUUUUUAUAUAAUGAAGAAAAUUAAUUAAUUACCAGAAAUUAUCUUGAUGUUAAUAGAACUAAAGCCAUUUCUCCAAAAUUGAAACCUUUAAUCUUUAAAAAUUCAAGAAAUUCAUCACCAAAUGGAAGUCCUAAAAUAUAACCAAACAAAGUUUAUUUCAGAGCUUAAGCAAGUCCUUUACGUAAAAAUACUGAAUAAAAAGAAAAAAUUUCUAAUUCUGAAAAUUAUGGAAAAUUAACUUCAUCAUGGAAUUUUAGAAAUACAUUUAAAAAAAUGAAUACAAAAUGA